GACUUUGGGAAAAUCCGGAAAGAAUGUUUGAUGUAUGGCCAAAAAAACAGCGGUUUUCUGGACAUUUAAAAAAAAACAGGCGAAAAAGCGGAAAAAAAACAGAAGUGGGGACUAUUCAAGCACAACAUGAAUAGGCAAAAUGUGGAUUAUCCAGAUUCGGAGCAUUGUACCAAAUGUCCAGAAGAUCAAUAUCCAAACAAAGCCAAAGAUCAGUGUGUCCCCAAAAAGAUCACCUUCCUGGCUUAUGAAGAACAUUUGGGUAUCCUCUUGGCUUCCUUGACCCUAUUCUUCUCUUUGAUAACUAGCUUUGUGUUAGGAAUCUUCAUUAAAUUCCUCAAAACUCCAAUAGUCAAAGCCAACAACCGGGACCUCUCCUACAUUCUCCUUGUCUCCCUCCUGCUUUCCUUUUUGGCCUCCUUCCUCUUCAUCGGCCGGCCAAGGAAAGUGACCUGCUUUCUCAGACAAACAGCCUUCAGCAUCAUCUUCUCGGUUGCUGUCUGUUCUGUGUUGGCAAAAACCAUCACUGUAGUACUGGCCUUCCUGGCCACAAAGCUAGGGAACAAGAUUGCCUGGAUUUACUACUCCCCAAAAGAGCAAAUAACCAAGGUUUAAUCUGAAGCCUGUAAGAAGCACUUAGAGUCCAAUCCAUUUAUGUCUACAAUUUCCUUGCACCUCCAUUUUAAGACUGGAACAAAAUGCCAACUCUGCAACUUUAGCAUCAAGGCUGCUCUGCCCACAAUCCCCUUCAGUUCCUUUCUUUGCUUAAAAUCCCCUUGCUGAAGAGUUCUGGAGGACACAAUGGCUAUGCUAUUCUCUGCUUCUGAAUACCAGUCGCAGGAGGGAAGAGUGCUCCUGAGGUCAGCUUCUUCAUGCAGGCUUCCCACAGACAUCUGGUUGGCCACUGUGAGAACAGGAUGCUGAACCAGGUGGGCCAGUGGCCUAAUCCAGCUCUUCUUAUUUUCUUAUGAGAGCUCCACAGCUUGUUCACCACUAAGUAACAUUUUGGUGUGUCCCAGUAAAUUAUCUCAUGACUCUACCUCGAUAUUUCUAUUUGGCUUGCAGAACUGUUUGCCUCUAGAACUUUUAUCAAGGCUAUAUUUGACUAAACCAAAUUGACUGAUCUCUUUUCGCUAAUCUGUAGUAAAAAU